AUCAAGGAACGCCUUUCGACACCACAACUGGUCGCCCAGUCUUGCUUCAUUCUUUCUCCCUUCUGAACUCUGGUAGUCGUCAGAUCGUAUUCAGUACUUGACAUCGACCGAGUUGAUUAGACCAGGCAGUGCACGGCUUAUCUCGCCUUCCGUUGGCCACACACGGUCAAAUAUCGCCGAGAACGUUUUUUGCGUCCUUCGCAAUUCACUCUGAACGGCCAUGUCCGUGUCAUGUACGACGACGCCCACGGCAACUUCGACGGUCCUCGUCACUACCUCCUUCCCCACGACCGAUUUUCUCCAGAGUACAAUCACUGCGGAACCCACUACGAGUGUUAUCGCUACGUCAACGACUUGUUUGGGCUUUUUGACUCCUAGCAUCGGCGUACCGAUAUGUACGUCUUCAAGCACGAUUACGGAGCUCACGACGAUACCAGGGGGCGUAUUUACUACUCAAAUACCAGUCGUCAAAACUGUCGAAAGCGUGAUGAGUCGAGUCACCACUCUCUUAGGAACCUCAUGUACGACCAUCUCGAAUAAUGGGAAUGGUAGUGGUAAUCCCAAUACCAGUAACAAUAAUGGAGGAGGUAGCGUGAGUGGAGACGCCACCGUUAUAACACCACCUCCAACUGUUAUCACCACUGGAUCCGCAACGACACUUCCAAACGGCGAAAUUUCAACCGUGCUUGUCACCCUGACUUCUACAUUCACUCCCAGCACCAUUGUUGUCAAUUCCUCUCCCAAUCCCUCACCCACUCUAGGCACACAGGCAAGCCAAACUUCUGAAGACAAAGUCAAUUUGGGGCCAGUGAUUGGAGGUUCCCUUGGAGGGUUUUUUGCCCUCUUGCUAAUAGCUCUUGCAAUUUGGUUGUUCGUUAUCAAACGACGGAGACGUUGGGACGAUGUCUUCGAAAAGAGCUCGAACGAUCCUGAUGGUGCAGGUAGCUUGGGGUACAGUGACACCAAAGCUUCGCAUUCGACCACUGGGAGAUCGAAAAGGCGGUUCUCGCUGGGCCCAGACCUCGAAAUUGAACCCAAACCGUAUCAGUAUGGAAUCGUCGGGCAUUCACAGAACGUUUCGAGCCAGUCUAAGGAGGCAGCUCUGAUCACAUCAAGACCCUCUACCGCUGGUUCCAACUAUCCUCUUCUCGGUGGACAUCAUGCCACACCAUCGAAUGCAUCAUCACAGCCAUAUACACCUUCGUAUUCUCCGAUAACUGCACCCACACCGGCGCCGAGCGUACCAAUGUCCCCUCCAUCACGCGUCCCCGUUCAGUCCACCUCAAAUGAGCUGGAAGGUUAUUUCGGCAGACGCCCGGGUAGUCCGGUCAGCUUCACGGAAGCUAAAGGAAAGUUACAAGUUAUCAAUGGCUCGCCCCCGUCAAUAUACGGUGGUCAUUCGGUGCGACGAAAGAUGUCUGGCUCGGAACAUACUCCUCUCAUUGCAGCACAGCGUACAAUAGGUCUGAUAAACGCGAACGAUGACUUUGUUCAGACAACGGGAGUUGAUCCUAGGACCAAGGGGAGAGGGGAGAAGGGCCAGAAGUCGAGUUUACCACCCCCAGCAGCAGGGACAUCAGGCGUACUGAUCCCGGAUGAUGGACCUCCGAAAUUGAUACUCAAUCUCUAGUGAAAGGAUUCUGAGGGACUAUUGUGACGUGUUUUUUUUUUGCUUCAUCAUUCUAUCCUUGGUUAUAAUAUCAUUGGUUUUUUAGUUAUUCUUAUUUCCGAGCCGUUCUUUUUUCGAACAAUUCUCUUCUUGUUUGUUCUUGGUUGACCGUGUUGUCUCGUUAUCGAUCCGUUAUCGAUGCUUCCUAUCUUUUUUGUUUCCAGUUUUCAAUCCCUCGCUAACCUCUGUCAUCACAUCAAAAGUAUAUCUUUUCAGUCGUUCUUUCCCCUCCUCUCCCCACCCUACCCAAGUGUACCAUUACUGCCAAUGAUGAUGUUGAACUUGCCCAUGAUAUCUCAGAGACGCGCCUGUGCCAUUACCGUUCUUGAUUUUUCUUUACAGUAUUUAUUUGCCCAAUCACAUCUUCCCCCUCGCCUGAUUGUCUUAAUCUUCCACAUAUGUCUCCUCU